CAAAGAAGAGGAAACAUGAUUCAAUGGAGUUGGGAAAUAGCACAAGGGUAAAAGAAUUUAUAUUUCUGGGACUUACUCAGUCCCAAGACCUGAGCUUGGUCUUAUUUCUUUCUUUGUGUUUGGUGUACAUGAUAACUCUUCUGGGAAACCUCCUUAUCAUGGUCACUGUGACCUGUGAGUCCCGCCUUCACAUCCCCAUGUACUUCCUGCUCCGCAAUCUCUCAGUCUUGGACAUCUGCUUCUCCUCCAUCACUGCUCCCAAGGUUCUCAUGGACCUUCUGUCAAAGAUAAAGACCAUCUCCUUCAAUGGUUGCAUCACUCAGAUGUUCUUCUUCCACCUUCUCGGUGGGGCAGACAUUUUUUCUCUCUCUGUCAUGGCCUUUGAUCGCUACAUGGCCAUCUCCAAGCCCCUGCACUACGUGACCAUCAUGAGUAGGGGGCGAUGCACUGCCCUCAUUGUGGCCUCCUGGGUGGGGGGCUUCGUCCACUCCAUCGUGCAGAUUUCCCUGUUGCUGCCCCUCCCCUUCUGUGGGCCCAAUGUUCUUGACACUUUCUACUGCGAUGUCCCACAGGUCCUCAAACUCGCCUGUACAGACACCUUUGCACUUGAGCUCCUGAUGAUUUCCAACAAUGGCUUAGUCAGUACCCUGUGGUUUAUUUUCCUGCUUGCAUCCUACACAGUCAUCUUAAUGAUGCUGAGGUCUCAUGCUGGGGAGGGCAGGAGGAAAGCCAUCUCCACCUGCACCUCCCACAUCACUGUGGUGACUCUGCACUUUGUGCCCUGCAUCUGUGUCUACGCCCGGCCCUUCACUGCCCUCCCCACAGAUAAAGCCAUUUCUGUCACCUUCACUGUCAUAUCCCCACUGUUGAACCCUUUGAUCUACACCCUGAGGAACCAGGAGAUGAAGUCAGCCAUGAGGAGACUGAGGAGAAGACUCAUGCCUUUUGUGAUGGAAUAGUGUAAGAAUCUCCAACCUCUUCAUCACCAAGAACUC